AUGGGGUUUGGAGAUAAAUGGAGAAAAUGGAUGGAAUUAUUGGUCUUUAAAAGUGACAUGUCGGUUGUGGUUAAUGGGAGUCCCACCAAAGAGUUUGUUGUUAAGAGAGGUUUAAGACAAGGAGAUCCAUUAUCGCCCUUUCUUUCUGUUAUAGUGGCAGAGGCUCUUUCUAGGUUGGUAAGGAAAUCAAUUGAAAUUGGAGAAUAUGAGAAUUUAGUGAUAAAGCGGAGUUGUAGUGUUAAUAUUCUCCAAUUUGCAUAUGAUACUUUAAUGGUAGGCCAAGGGUCUUGGAAGCAUAUAAAGGCUUUAAAAAUUGUGUUGAGAGCUUUUGAGAUAGUCUUGGAUCUUGGCAUCAAUUUUCACAAAAGCAAGUUGAUAGGGAUUAAUAUUUCGCCUCAAUUCUUGGAGGCUGCCUCGUUGUACCUCUCUUGCAAGAUUUGUGAAAAUUGUCAUUAUUGA